AUGACAUUUUGUACUCGUUGCUGGUGUUUAGGUCAUAUGAGAGAUAAAUGCGAACUAGAAAAUCCUCGUUGUCGUAUAUGUAUUGAAAAGCUUAUCAGUGGUCAAACGCACAUUUGUUUGAAUAAAGCUCGCUGUGCUCAAUGCAAUGGUGAUCAUCAAUCAUUAUCUAGUGAAUGUGAAAAAGUGGUAGAAUAUCGAUCAGAAUUAAAAGCUCAAGUUAACAAUGCAAUAUCGGCAGGAAAAUUACACCGAUUAAUACCUCAAGAUCGUACCCAAUCGGUGGAGUUUCAAAUGAAGCAAAAUGAAUUUCCAUCAUUACCACAGUGUAUGCCUGGUGCUACAACGUGGAAACUGGCUUCAGCACAACAAGCAACAACAACUAAUGUCGGAUUUUUUUAA